AUGACGAGCUCACAGAACAUUCCUUUGGGGACUGAGGCCAAGGAACGGAUGGAACCUCCUGGUACGCCUUUACCGCCAGCGCAGACGAGCGGCCUCGGGAAAUGGCACGAGUGGAUAUUCGUCUUCAAUGUUUGUCUUGCUCAGAUUUUCUCCCUGGCUGGACUGGCUCAGUCGUUCGCGCCACUUUUGAUCAUAGCAGAAGGCCUUGGAGUGGAUGAUCCUGGCCAGAUGAGUUGGUACACCGCCGCAUACAGCAUGACGCUUGGAACUUUCAUCCUUCCAGCUGGACGUCUCGGCGACAUGUACGGUCACAAAAAGAUGUUCAUAGUUGGCUGGAUCUGGUUCUCACUGGCGUCCUUGAUUACUGGCUUCAGCUACGUCGGCGGUCCAAUUAUGCUUGCGACGUGUAGAGGCUUACAAGGCAUCGGGCCAGCGCUCUUGGUACCGAACGGCAUUGCACUGAUCGCGAGGACCUUUCCCAUUGGCAUGAAACGUGCCAUAUCCAUCGCCGCGUUUGGAGGAUGCGGACCAGUGGGUGUGACGCUUGGAGUCGUCUUCUCAUCCAUCUUCGCGCAGCUGCUAUGGUGGCCUUGGAUGUUCUGGACGUCGAGUAUAGCCGCUGCAUUGUGCUGCAUCUUCUCCGCGAUAGUUCUUCCUCCGGACACCUAUCGAAGCUCGCCCGCCGACCCGGCCAACAAGACCAAAGAGCAGUUCGACCUGCUGGGUGCUUUCACUGGAGUCACUGGGUUGCUGUUGAUCAACUUCGCGCUGAACGAGGCGCCCGUGGAAGGUUGGAAUCAUGUUUAUAUUCCUGUCCUGCUAGGAGUUGGCUUCCUGCUGAUGGCUGCUUUUGUCUGGGUCGAGUUGUGCGUGGCGUCGAGACCAAUUGUCCCGCUGAAGGGUCUGCAUCGAGAUGCAGCCUUCACUCUAGCUUGCAUUGCAGCUGGGUGGGCCAGUCAUGGCAUCUGGUGUUAUUACCUGUUCCUCUUCAUCGAGAAGGUCAGAGGACACCAGCCAUUGGUCGCAGCUGCGGAAACAUGGCCCGUCGCCCUGGUUGGUUUCUCGGCUGCGCUCGCCGUUCCCUUCAUAUUGAGGAAGAUGAAGGUACCAUAUCUCAUGAGCAUAUCGAUGCUGUUCUUCUUCGCAGGAACAAUCCUGCUGGUAUUCGCGCCAGUGGCCCAGACAUACUGGAUCAAUACAUUCCUGUCGGUCAUAAUCAUGCCUUUCGCAAUGAACUGGAGCUUUCCAUCGGGCACGAUCUUGAUGGCUAAUGCGGUUUCCAAGCAACAUCAAGGCAUUGCUGCAUCGCUUAUCUGCACGAUGGUCAACUACUCCAUCGCCACUGGACUUGGAAUAGCAGGUACACUGGACCGCUAUCUCUCGCCGAUUCAUGGCCUCCAUGGGGGCUACAGGGACGCCUGGUGGUUCGGCAUCGCACUGUCCUUGUUUGGCUUCCUGAUCAGCCUGUACUUUAUUUGGCAAACUCGAUCAAGGAAGCCAAUGAUUGCCAAGUGA